AUGAAGUGUCGUAUGCCACCGUCACGAGGUGGAUUAAGAAGUUUAAAAGCGGUUGUGACUCUAUUAAUGAUGCACCAAAAUUGGGACGUUCUUGUAGUGCUACUUCUAACACUAUGGUUAACAAAAAUGACAAGUGUUACAUUUUCUUCGGAGAAUGUAGCUGGAGACUGCCCUGGUACGUUAUACGGUGAUCCUUCUUCAACAUCUUUUGCGGUAAUAGUAUUACAGGAAUGGUGGGGAGUAACAGAUGAAGUAAAAUCUAAAGCCCAGGAGGUCCAGAAAAGAUGCGCAUGCGUAACUUUCAUUCCCGAUCUUUAUAGGGGAAAAGUGACCAAGGACUACGAAGAAGCUGGGCACUGGAUGGAGGGACUAGAUUGGCAAGGUGCUGUAAAGGACGUCCAAGGAGCCGCAAGGUUUUUGAACUCAAAAGGUUUAAGGAAGGUUGGCGUAACAGGAUUUUGUAUGGGAGGAGCAUUAAGCCUCGCUUCGGCUGCACUGGCGCCCGAGAUAUCUGCGGCUGCUCCAUUUUAUGGUCUGCCGAAGCCGGGGCUCUGUGACCUUUCUAGCAUACGGGUUCCAGUGCAGGCCCAUUUCGGCGAACUUGACACUUUCAAGGGAUUUGCAGCACCUGAAGAUGCAAGAAAUCUCGCGAAGAUGUUGAGUGGGAAAUGUGAUUUUCAGUUGUACAUGUAUCCUGCAGGGCAUGCAUUUUGUGAUCCAAACUGUCACCGAUAUAAUAAAGAACAAACUGAUUUAGCAAUGGAAAGAUUGGCCAAAUUCUUUACUGAGAAAUUAACUUGA